CAUCUGUCCGUUCUGUUCUCCGUGUUCUGACUGCGCGACGUUGAUUCGUUCGUUCGCAUUGCUCUCUAUUGCUAUUCUACUUUGCUAUCCAUUUGCACUUUCACGAAUCGCCUCCCUCUCACUGUCUCGAUGGACCCUGUCCAACUCCACCCCACUCUCAGCCCGGACAACCUAUCGAGGUUUUCCUCGCUUGUUUCGGCGCUCGAGGACCACCGCGUACACGGAUCUUUCAUUGAAGACACAUUUCGGGUCCCUCGCUCCUCAAGGGGAGCCCUCAUGAAACCGCUGCCGGCCUGGAAGGGCCAACGACGGGUGAUGUUCGAAGCGGCCCCGAACUUCUUCGGUGGCAGGGGGGUUCCCCUUUCCCACCUAUCAAGCGGCCUCGCUCCAGGCAGUGUCGUCAAGGACCCCUCUGAGCCCAUCUUCCUCGGCAGGAAUGUCCUCAAUCUGCGGGUGUCCUGGCCCGGGUAUCCCCAAUGUGAGGGUGUGAAGCAGCUUCCGAUUCCUUCACCUGCAACGCGGGUUGAUGUCGCACUGGCUGUGGUAGGAGAGUAUAUUCGGCUAAUGGAACGCGCGCGCUUCGAGCAGUUUCAAGCCGUGGGGAGGGAAGGAUGGAGGGUAGGAAAGGGCUGCAUCGCCCUCGAAAACCUCAUCCUCGUCUCAAUCUCGAACGACUCGGACGAUAUCUAUGAAGCAGAGAUCCACGUGGUCCUAGGCCGGAACGAUCCAGCCAACAUGCUGGCGGCGCUCAGGAGACGAUGAGACAUGGCGAUCUUGCUGCUUGCGCUGGACGCAUUGGACCGGACAUGGACUUUACUUACUACGCCUCGCUACCGGCCGCGAGAUAUUUACGCUUACGACUUGCAUCACGACGUUAUCCUAGCUAUCGGGCUAUACGCAUACUAGUAUUUAUCGGCGCUCAUUGCUAUGUUAGUACCUCGCAGUAUCACUAGCAGUAUUUCAUUUAUGUAUGUCUGCAAUCAUGUAUCGCGUAGUACGUUCCCUCCUUCAUCGUCACACACUAAGUAGUUGUAGC